CUCAUAUCACCUCGUCCUUAUUGUCUCCGCCAUCCAUGUCCACCGACCCAACCUGAGAUGGCUCCCCUUUUCGCUAAGCGAUUGAAAUGCUUUUAUUGCGGGCGCCGCUCAGCCCUGUCUGGCGGCGAUACCGCCCGCAAAUGGUGCUGCAAACAUUGCGAGGCCGUCAAUUAUCUGGAUGAGAAAGGCGAAAUAACAGACCCCCCGGCUGCCGAAACCAAUCCAGACGUCUACGGCCCCGGAGGAUCCAGCCCGCCCUUCGAGUCCACCGACUUCACAGCCUCCAGCUUGUUUUGCGCCCAGUGUCUCCGCAACCAACACCUCUUCACUAGCACAUUGGCGUCUUAUUUCCCAUCAUCCGAUGAUCCGAACUACGGCGCUUAUGAGAAGGAAUAUCCCAAAUUUCGCAAGAACCUCGAGGAGCGGUAUCCGCAGGUGUGCGUCAAGUGCGAACCCAGAGUGAAGCAGCGCAUUCGUCAGGCAGGAUAUGAGGCCAAGUCAGAUCACUUGAGGCGUAUGAUGGAUCGGAGUAAAGCUGGGAGGGCGGCGAGGCAAGCACGCCGAUGGAAUUGGAGGAAUCUACUGGCCUUGGCCGGUGGCCUGGGUCACUGGAUUAGUGUCACCGGCCAACUUGGCUGGAACGUGUGGAGUGCUUUAAAGGUUGAAGAACACGAACCGCUCCAAGAUCCGGAUGCUCCCUCGAUGUCGCCCUCUAUUGUGUCUUGUGUGCGUCAGGUGGUUGAGACGCGCCUUGUACCGAGUUCUUGCUCAAUCGAUCUGGCACCGUACGCCGGCCUUGCUCUGAUCGCGGGUAUUCUGUCUAUAUGGUGGAAUCCAAAAUUGAGGCUGAGGGUGGAAGGACGAGGCGGUCGCUUCGUUGGACUAGGCGAAUACUACCAGGUGCAGCUCAUUGUUAUGGUGGUGCGAUGCGCUUUCUGGGGUGUCCUAAGGGACCCGUCGUCAAGUGGUCUACCACUAGACCUGCCGCCUACCUUGCAUCUUUUCAUGAUCUUCUUCACGAUUCUGUCUGUUCUGGUCUCUCGGCGCAUAGUGCGCUACGAUACCCGCCCAUUGGUAGUAUGGACCGAUGACACCCCCGCGCCCACACCAAACCGCAGAACCGAAGCAUCUCCUCCACCCAGUACAAGUAGAAGGCAAGUCUUUUCAACACCGAAUUCCGAUCUCCGCCAGCGCACCUCUCGCUUUCCUCUGGAGAAGUUGGCCACCCCAAGGGCGACCACCCCGCGGGCAGCUCUGGAAGACACACACGUUCUCACACCACCUCCCGAAUCGGAUGACAUGGACUGGACUCCUUCUGUGCAGCACCAAAUCGCGCCGACUGUCAGCGUCCAUCAGAGGGACCAAAAGUCCGUUCUUGAGGGGCCGAUGCCUUUCUAUGGAUCCGUGCCUCCUGCGCCGCAGCCACCCGCGUGGAACCUGCGCAACCAACCCGCUCAACGUCCGAAACCCAUCGAGCAAGUUGUGGAACGUAAUCCAUUCCAUCGCACACCUACACAGUCCAGCCCGUGGCAACGAAAUCCGAACAACUCAGACACCGUCUUUGCACCGCCCAAGUUCUUCCCAUUGAGCGACCACGCUGCUACGACCGGACUUGAGAGCCUAUUUGAUCGAACCUUCACCAUCAAGUCGCCUGAGGAUGAAGAGGACACCACCUGGCAGGCACGUCAUCAGACCUCCAACUCCCGAUCUCGCGAUUCUACCGACUUGCACGGCUAUUUUGUGUUCCAGUAUCUCCGACUGGGUCUGCUGCUUGUCUCGCUCGCUGCCUGGUUUCUCUCACAGUACGAACACUUUUCGAUCCCUGGAAACUACGUCGAGGUUGCCUCCUUGGGUAGCGCUAGCCUGAUUGCUGGCUUCGCCCUUUUGGAGGCCCUGAAGCAACCUAUAGCGCAGUGGAACGGUAUGGAAAUCCUUGUCUACUUCGCAGAGCUUGUGGCAGCCGUUCAUAUCGGGGGAAACCUUCCGCGCGUUUCUUUUGAGCGUCAAUAUUUUGACAGAUAUGGCCAAUUGCUUUUGGUCUUCAUGGCGGCCCAGGAAGCGUUGGGUCUGCUAUCACUAUACAACAUAGCUAGGGCUAGCAGUGCUGGUCAGUCACAACAGCCGGAGCAUAGUGAGCCAUCGAAUGGUCAUGCCGCUGGAAAUGCCCCUCCGACAGCGACCAACAGCCAGCCUCUGCUCCAGUCGUUCAACUCUCACAGCUCCGUGCCGCCUCUCUCCUUCUCUUCUACUGUCCCCAGCUCCAGCUUCUCGACGCAGUCACCCGAACCAUACUACUCACUCGCACCCUCCCCGUACGACGGGGCCUUCAGCAAGGACCACAGUUUCAGUCUUAAUACUUUGAAAGGACACGAAUCCGACGCUUCCGAUUUCUAUGAUUGCGACUCAGACACCGAGACCACCGUCACGACCGCAACCACCGCUACGAACAACACAAUCCGAAACAUCCGCUACGGACAGGCCGCUAGCGAGGCGCUGUUCUCGCCCAAACGAUCCGAGCUGGGGCCGGGGAUCGGGGGAUUAAGUCUAGAUGAUGGGCCCUCCUCCCGCCGAGUCACCCGAAGUCAGACGAAGCGCCAGAGAGGGGACGGACUGCGUCGGUUCCCGACCCGGGGCUUGAAAUAGCCGUCCUUUGCCUUGUCUUGUUUUGUCAUAGUACUAUAUUCGCAUUUUCGAGUGCGCCUUUCAGCGCUUGCACUAGAGGAGUUGGGGUAGUUAUUGCUUGUAUUAGAUUGUUAAUACGCGGAUCGCAUACGGUGGUGGGAUCGUAUACCUUGGCUAAGGGAUUUUAUUUCGGGUGUUCGGACUUUGUACAUAGGAGGUAGAAUAUACGAUUUACGACUAAUGACCGAAC